AUGCCCUACAAGCUGUCCGCAACCCUCGCUGGCCACACUUCAGAUGUUCGAGCAUUGAGCACGCCAAGCGACGAUCUUAUUCUCUCCUCUUCCCGUGAUUCGACCGCGAUUGUUUGGCGAGCAACGACCCCCCCAGCGUUUGCACAAGACUCAGUAUUUCACCCAAGCACGCGCUACGUCAACGCGGUUGCCUACCUCCCACCCUCGGCCGAAGCGCCUAAGGGCUACGCGGUCACCGGCGACCAAGAUGGCAUUAUCAACGUCUACUCGCUUGAGCCAGCGAAGGACGACCCUGAUUACACGCUACUGGGCCACUCGGGGAAUGUUUGUGGACUGAGGACAACACCUGGUGGGCAGAUCGUGUCUUGCUCGUGGGACGCAACAGCCCGCGUUUGGAAAAACUUCGCUCAAGUGUACGAGCUGAAAGGACACGAGAACAGCGUGUGGGAUGUGUUGGCAGUGAAUGAAGAGCAAUUCAUCACCGGCUCGGCAGAUAAAACGAUCAAGGUUUGGAAGCAGAACAAAGCCAUCCAUUCGUUCAAUCCUCACAAUGGUGUUGUCCGGUCAUUAGCCCUGAUUCCUGACAUUGGAUUCGCUUCAUGCGCCGACAAUGAAAUCCGGGUAUGGACGGUCAACGGCGACCUAAUAUACUCCCUUACCGGCCACACUUCAUUUAUCUACCAACUGGCCGUUCUACCAAGUGGAGAUCUGGUCUCUUCCAGUGAGGAUCGAACAGUGCGAGUAUGGAAGGAUGGUGAAUGCGCCCAGGUGCUUGUUCAUCCAGCCAUCUCGGUCUGGACAGUCUCCACUAUGCCGAACGGAGACAUUGUCAGUGGGGCCAGCGACAAGAAUGUCAGGGUGUUCAGCGCUGCGGAGCAACGAUGGGCAUCAGAAGGCGAUCUCAAAUCUUACGACGAUAUCAUUGCUCAACAAUCCUUGGCUGCACACGAUGUUGAGCAAGUCAAGGUCGAGGCUUCGGAUGCCUUGAACACUCCUGGCAAAAAGGUCGGUCAAACGCUGCUCGUGUCCAAGGGAGACGUGACAGAGGUAUACCAAUGGGAUGGUAAUGCCUGGCAACGUAUUGGAGAACGAGCAGAUGGUCCCUCCGGGAGCGAGAAGCCCAAAGCAUACUUCGAAGGACGAGAAUACGACUACGUUUGGAGCGUCGCGAUUGAGGAUGGCGAGCCUGCGUUGAAGCUUCCCUACAAUAUUACGGAGGCCCCUGCUGACGCAGCCACACGAUUCUUGGAACGCAACGGUCUUCCCCUUAGUCACGUGUCCACCGUCGUCGACUUCAUCUACCAAAAUACACCAGGCCAAAUGCUCGGGCCUCAGGGCGGCGAGAAUUAUGUCGAUCCAUUCACAGGUGCCUCACGGUAUCGGAGCUCUGCCCAGUCGUCUGCUGCGUCUGGCCCAGCGUCGUCUUAUAUGGACCCUUACACCGGUGCUUCAAGAUAUACGAGCUCUGCCCCAGUGUCGAAUAAUGCGCCCGCUUCGAGCUAUAUGGACCCAUAUACUGGUGCAUCACGAUAUUCCGGAGGUGGAGCACAAGCUGCCGCUUCGCCCCCACCAUCCAAACCUGUUUCUAGUGUAUUACCCGUCGUGCAACCUGUACUACUCAAAGAAGGAAACCUUCCAGCGAUGAAAGCCAAACUUCACCAAUACAAUGACGGCUUACAGUCGGAGAUCUCGACAAUGACGUUAGCGUUCUAUCCUGAAGAAAUUCGGGCCAUCGACGAGUCAUUCAACUAUGUUCAGCAAUGUUCAACUGGAAGCCGACCAACAAACCCACUUAGCGCUGCCCACGUUGAUGCUCUAAUCCACAUUCUCGAAAGGUGGCCUUCAUCAUUGCGACUUCCCGUGCUGGACCUUGCUCGUCUUGUCGUCGCCUACUGUCCUGAGGCUGUUCGUCCGGCUGGCAUAAAAGAGCGCCUUUUCUCGGCCCUCUUUUCCGCAGCGGACUGGACAUCAUCUUCACCGCCACCGCUUCCUUCGCCCAGCAAGCCAGCGGAGAUGAACGUCAUGUUGGUGUUCCGCGCGUUGGCGAAUGUGAUGCAGGAGGCCGCGGGCGCAACGGACGGCACGUGGCUCGCUGAGAGGCUACAAGUAGCCUCUGCUGCUGGAUACGAUAAACUCUCUCCCACACAAAGGAAACCGAGGGCGACGAUGCUUUUGAACGUAUCGUGCAUCUCCCUCUUUACGCCAAUGGACUCGACGACGCGGUCUGCUCACCUCACCAUGAUCGCGGAGGUCCUCACCACGGAGAAGAGCGAUUCAGAGAGCGUUUACCGCGCGCUGGUUGGCCUUGGGAACAUCGUUUAUGCGUCAAAACAACACCAAGUUCCCCUCGAUGCUGCACAGACAGCCCUUGUGGGACGUGCGAUAAAGGACCUGCCGGGGCGGUUCAACGAAGAGCGCAUCCGAGGCGUCGUUGUGGAGAUCGGGGCGUUGUUGGUCAGCGGGGUGUUGUAG